UGUGUCCGCUUCUCUGGAGCAGUAAAAAACAACCUUUCACCCUCCUCUAUAUGACAUCCUUUUCUAUAUUUGAACAUAGCUAUCAUAUCACCCCUUAACCUUCUCUUCUCCAGACUAAACAUACCCAGCUCCCUAAGCCGUUCCUCAUAAGGCAUUGUUUCCAAGCCUUUGACCAUUUUGGUUGCCCUCUUCUGGACACGUUCCAGCUUGUCAGUAUCCUUCUUGAACUGUGGUGCCCAGAACUGGACACAGUACUCCAGGUGAGGUCUGGCCAGAGCAGAAUACAGCGGUACUAUUACUUCCCUUGAUCUAGAUGCUAUACUGUACUCCUAUUGAUGGAGCCCAGAAUUGCAUUGGCUUUUUUAGCUGCUGCAUCACACUGUUGACUCAUGUCAAGUUUGUGGUCUACCAAGACUCCUACUGUUGCUGUCUUUAUCUCUUGAAUGUCUAUAGAGCUGGAUGUGCUUAUGUAGUGGCAAUGGGCAGAAAGGCUCUCUUGUCUUCGUUACUGCUCACUUUUUGCACACUCCCAAUACAGUACUGAGUUUUGGACUGAAUCACUACAAUUGUUUGUUUUUUAAUUGCAAGACUCCUGUACUAUUUAAAACUUCUGAACGGCAGAGAUUUUGAUAGCUUGGGUUUCUUUAAUCAACUAAUUUUCUGAAUGUCUACCCAACAAGCGUUCAGCACAGAUGCUGCCUCAGGGCGCUAAGCAAUAAGAUUAAAAACUUGCAAACUAACCACCUGUUGAAUCCUUGCCUGAAAUGCAUCUGCAUCUGCUAAAUGCAUCACACCUCUGUCAGGAAGAAACAGACAGAUAUAUAGAUAGAUAGACACACAGACAGACAAACUGUGGGCUGAAUCCUGGUGCAAAUGUACCGGUAGCCAUCUUCUGGAGGAAUGGUCAGUCACCGUUUAAAAUCCUAUAUGCAAUCUGGGGCAGGAAGAGUUAAAGGAAUCAUAGAGGAACUGAUUUUUGUGGCUGCCAGCUUUCUCCCCAGCGAGGAAUUUGGGGGAAGGUAAUAAGAGAUGGACUUCUUCCUGUUUCAAGCUCGAUUUCGCCCCCUCCCCUUCCCACCUAGUGACACAUAAGAGGUUUGGGGGCUCAGAGGGAAGAUUCCUCAAUACAACAAAGCGGAGCGAACUGCAGCCACGCUAAGGGGGCGCGUUGGACCAUGCGCGAGGGAUGUGCUCCUUCUUAAUUGAAAGAAGAAAACGGCCACCCCGAUUCCCGAUUCCCGAUUCCAAGAGCUCUUCAGUGGUACCUUGUGCCUGUCUUUCAGUGAGGAGGAUCAAUGCGAUGAGGAACGUCAUCCUAGAGUUGUGACUGCACACCAUUCCCACCAACGUGGGCGUUUCAGUCAAUAUGUACGGGAGAUGCUAUGAGGGCAGAUGCUGUGCUGAGAGCAAACAGCUUAUCGAAGGUUUGGAAGGUGGUGGGGAUACCAGAUACCAAGCUGGGUUACAAAAUGUACCCAAACAGGACGUCCGUAGCAGAUGUCAUGAUGGCUUGGACGCUGAAGGAGAACAGAGAGCUCACCCAGAGUUGGACGUUGACGAGAUCAAGAAAAUAAUCGAGUUGCACUCAAACACAGAGUGUAAGCAAACUUGUGGCAGCAACUGGAAUGAUCCUCCAGAAGCUGAUGGGGAUUUAGAUGGGGAGAAUGAUGUACAUGUCUAUCUAGAUGAGGAGGGUGCCCAAGAUUUGUCUUCCGACGUGGACGGUGACAUUAACCAAGACACAGGUGGAAGCCCUAUUCAAGCUUUCCAUACAGAUGUGGAAGGAAUCCGAAGUGUCUCUCCAGAGGUGGAGGAAGAAGCAGAUGGAGAUUCCAUUGAGGACUUUGAUUCUGAUGUGGACAAUGGAGAGGACCGUGUUCUCUGCUUGGAUGUCAGCGAUGGUGACCGAGACUUUGACAUUAGCACCAGUCAACGGGACGUCAACUGCGAGUCGUCCCUUGCAGUCGCCUCGCUGGUUUCCCCUUCUGCACCUGACAAACCAUACAGGUGCCCCGAAUGCGGGAAAUACUUCGGCACCAGCUCCAUCUUAGGCCAGCACCGCCGCAUCCACAGCGGAGAGAAGCCCUACAGGUGCGGCGCCUGCGGAAAAUGCUUCACCCGGGGCUCGACCUUUCUCCAGCACCAGCGGACGCACACGGGCGAGAAGCCGUACAAGUGCCCCGAUUGCGGCAGGUGCUUCGGCCGGAGCUCCAACCUCGUUCAGCACCAGCGGGUCCACACGGGGGAGAGGCCCUACAACUGUGGCACCUGCGGAAAGUCCUUUUCCCUCAGCUCCACCCUUAUCCAGCACCAGAUCAUCCACACGGGAGAGAAACCGUAUAAAUGCUCCGAUUGCGGCAAGUGCUUCAACCGUAACUCCAACUUGCUGAACCACCGGCGAGUGCACACCGGGGAGCGCCCCUUCGCCUGCCGCGUCUGUGGCAAGGCGUUUUCCGAGAGCAGCUCCCUCACCCAGCACCAGCGGACCCACACCGGGGAGCGCCCUUUCCGGUGCAAGGAAUGCGGGAAGUGCUUUUCGCUCAGCUCCACUCUGAUCCAGCACCACGUCACCCACACCGGGGAGAAGCCUUAUGAGUGCCUGGACUGCGGCAAGUCCUUCGGCCUCAGCUCCACCCUGCUGCGCCACCAGCGGGUCCACACCGGAGAAAAGCCCUUCGAGUGCCAGGACUGCGGGAAGACCUUCGGCGUCAGUUCGCACUUCUUGCAGCACCGCAGAGUCCACACGGGCGAACGCCCCUUUCAGUGCCCGGAUUGUGGGCGCGCCUUUAGCCAGAGGGCGCAUUUGGCACUACAUCAAAAGACCCACCAAAAUGGGACGGCCCUGCAGCUUCACCACCCAACCCUCUACAUCUGCAGCGACUGCGGGAAGAGCUUCCGGCAGAGCUCGCACUUGGCGCAACACCAGAGGGUCCACACCGGCGAGAGGCCAUACCGAUGCGAGGACUGUGGGCACGGCUUCUCCCAGAGUUCCAAGCUGCUGGAGCACCAGCGGGUCCACACCGGCGAGAGGCCGUACCCUUGCAAGGAUUGCGGGCGCCGCUUUGGGCACAGCUCGGCACUUUUGCAACACCGGCGCAUUCACACCGGGGAGAGGCCGUACAAAUGCCCAUGCUGCGAGAAGGCUUUCUGCCAGAGCUCGGCUCUCAUGCAGCACCAGCGUAUCCACACCGGGGAAUUGCCGUACGCGUGCCAGGAAUGCGGGAAGCGCUUCCGAUACCUCCUGCAGUACACGCGGCACCAAAAGGCGCAUUUCAGGGGAGGGGCCUCAGGUCUUGCAGGAGAAGCAGCUACAUUAACAAUGAAGAACAAGCUGGUACCUUCAGCAGGGGAUGAGACUUGAACGCUGAAUGGUUCUUCCACAGCGGAACAUGGAGAGUGAUUAAUUUGGCACGAGGCUGAGGGGAAUAGCAGAGGCUUAUAUGGCGAAGGGAAUUCUGAGGAAAUGGUGGCGGGCAAAAAUGGUACUUAGGUGGGGAUCGAAUCCUGGGGCAUCAUAAUAUUGCUUUGGAGAAUGGUGUGGCAGAGGGAGUGGGGCAGCUUUUUCAUAAGUUGGGAGACCAUUUUGAAUCACAGAAGGUGUGAAUACGGAAAUUAGGGUCAGCAGAAAGCAGGCCCAUGUAGUAGAGCAGGGGUCAGCAAACUUUUUCAGCAGGGGGCCGGUCCACUGUCCCUCAGACCUUGUGGGGGGCCGGACUAUAUUUUGAAAAAAGAAGAAGAGCGAAUUCCUAUGCCCCACAAAUAUCCCAGAGAUGCAUUUUAAAUAAAAGGACACGUUCUACUCAUGUAAAAACGGGCUGAGUCCUGGACCCUCCAUGGGCCAGAUUUAGAAGGCAAUUGGGCCCCUGGGCCUUAGUUUGCCUACCCAUGUAGUAGAGGAAAAGGAAAAUCCUGUGUGAGGGACAUUUUAAAUGGGUGGAAAGUUGAAGACAAAAAUAUUCUCCUCAUAACCUCUUGUAUGUUUGUCCUCAGGGAACAUCUUUUUUCCUCAGAAAUGCUCCCUAAUAUUAACAUGGGCGUACAAGAGGCAGAAGAGGACAUGUUCCUCUGUGGAGACACUCUUCCCUCCAAUAAUCCUGUCAAUUUUACUGUCACUGAUUUCUUCAUAGCCCUUCUAGAGCACUUGAUCUAUAAGUAGGACAUGGCAUCUCCAAUUAAUUCCUGUUCCAAAACCUCUGAUUUAUUUAUUUUUAAUUAACUUAGGGGGAAAUUGCUGAGGAAAAUGGAAGACUGCUGCAGUAGUUCGUGGCAUUCAGAGCUAAAUGUAAAAACACAUAGGCCCCGCUGUCCAAAUACUCAUACGAAAAUUCACUUAUCCAAACAUGAGGAAUUUGUACCCAAUCUCGCCAUACACACUGCAGAUUCAGGUAGCCAAACAGCCAGACCUGUGUGUAGAACUGUAAACAAAUAAGUUGCCUUAAACAAGUCUUAUUUUUUGUGUUUUGCUGGUCCGUGGUCGUUUUGCCAGAAACCAUGGUGGCAGGGAAGGAAAAAAGGGGGGAGAAAUCAGACAAAUAAGAGCAUUUUUUCCCUUCCUUAUUUGCCUUUUGUAAGAUUUCAGAGGGUUUUCAUGUUUGUUUGUUUUUUGUUCUUUUGUAAUUUUGAACUCUUAAGUUCCAUGGUUGGGAACACAUUAGAAAUUUCCCCAUAGGAAUCAAUGAAAAUGGUUCCUGAUUUCCUGAAAAUGCAUUGUAUUCGGAUAGUGGGACCCGUGUGUCCAUCUUUAGAAUGAUUAAUACAUUAUGUCUGAUUUGGUUGACACACAUAUAAUACUAUUUUAUACAGUUAGGAGAGAAGCAAGCGUACAUUUUAAAUUGUUCUAGUAUUGUUGAUUAAUUUCCCUACGUUGAGUUCUACCAACGCAGAACCCAGAAUACCGUAAACCCACUGAAAUUAAUGGACCUAAUCAUGCCCAUUAAUUUAUCUGGGUCUACUCCGGGCAUAACUAAUAAUUGGAUACAACCCAACGGUUCCUGUCAAAUUAAAUUUAGUUGUUAAAGACAGCUUGAUCCUGGGGAGAUUUUGGUGGGCUUAUUGAUGUCAUUUGGGCUUGGUGCAGCUAAUUUCUGUAUAGCAGUGGCUCCCUGUUGGUGGGCUGCAGACCCCAAGGGGGUCCACGAAACCCACCCAAGGAGUCCGUGGCCCCAUUCACAUCACAAAAACUACCAUGGAAAUAUCAAAAAUUUCAAAAGUAGGCAGUCCGUGGCUUUGCUAAUUGUGAAUCGGGCUGCAUGGUUGAUCUUAGCUAUGGUCUCUUCUGAAUAAAUAUGUACGCUAUUCAGCUGCAUGUCUCUCUGGAACUGAAUGGAGCUUACCUCACAUUCAAACCACACACUUUAAAAUGCUCUGAUGCCACUUUAAGCAGCCAUGGCUUCCCCCAAAGAAUGCUGGGAGCUGUAGUUUGUUAAGCGUCCUGAAAGUUGCUAGGAUGCCGUCCGUUCCCCUCCUUUAACAAUCAAGCCCUCUUCAAGGGAUCUCUGGAAAUUGUAGCUCUGUGAGGGGGUUCCCUAACAACUUUUGGCACCUGUAACAAACAGCAGCUCCCAGAAUUCUUUGGGGGAAACCCACAACUGUUUAAAGCAGUCUUGUGGUUGUUUAGUCGUCUUAGUCGUGUUCGGCUCUCUGUGACCCCAUGAACCAGAGCAUGCCUUGGAAACUCUCACUUCUCAAUUACAGUGCUGGAAAUGUGUUGUGUGAAUGCGGUCUGAGUAGACAUGAAUAGGAUUGGCCUGCCUGCAUGUUCAAUGGGAUGCAUGAGCUACGUCACCCUUAAUCCAUAGCAUUGAUUUUAGUAGAAUUUCCACUGCAAUCCUCUUCAGAAGUAAAUCCCAUUGAGUUCAGUAUCCUACACUCCCAGAUAGGUGGGUAGCCCUUUUAACUGUAUUUGGGCCAAUAAUGUACUGUGGACUCAGUGCAUAUAUUUUAAGGACAUAUUGGUAAUCACUCCAGUGAUUUCUUUUGUUUGAAACGCUGGCAUAAAUGAUUUGUGUGUUUUUUUAGUUGUAAUUGGUGCUUGGCAGAGUUUCAACUACUGAUCUUCAGCUUUCCAAAGGUAAUUACAUUUAAUUGCUGCCUUCUAAACAUUCUUCCACCCUUCACUUUUAGGUGGGAAAAAUCCCAAGCACUAGUCUGAAUUUUCCUCUUUAGUUAUUUUAUUCUCUGCCAAAUAGUUGCUUUCUGGCAAGCAGAUCUUCCACAUGCCCUGCACCUGUUAAAACUACCCCUGUGCCCACCUCCUCUUGCCAAAGACAUAAACGUAAUUGUUUCUGGUUGGGAAGAAGGGCCUUUAUUCUUCACUCUGCCCUUGAGGCGAGGACAAAAAGUUGUGAGGAAGCAUUGUUCUUUACUUCCAGCUUUGACUGGAGGACAUACACCAGGAGAAUAGAAUAUAAUAGAUCUUUAUUGUCAUGGUCCCCUUGCAGGAACAACGGAAUUUCUCAAAAAUUCAGGAAAGGGAACCUCUGAGAGAAUAGGCUCUUAAGAGAAAGGUAAGGUUGGAGUCAUUCUUAACUCCUUCCCCAGGUCGGAGAAAGGCAAUGAAUCCUACUAGUUAGAGUGCAGGAGGCACGUUUGGAAACCAAAAAACUGUUGUGGGUUCCACAAAAUGCCCAUUUCACAGAAGAAAAACCGGCAAUCCUCAUAAUGACACCCUCUCCAGACAAAAGGUAGAACACCUGCACACACCUGUAAACAAAUAAAACACAAAAGCAGGCAACGUUUUGCAAAAACCCAACAACUUCCAACAAACCAAAUCCCAAGGGGGGGGGGGGGAAAUCAUUGAGAACUGGGAGCGGCAGGGAGCUGGGAGCAGCCAGGGUGUUUUUUGAGAGUGCUGUGGUGCCCACAGGCACCAUGUUGGGAAUUGCAGAGUUAGCCUGAUUCUCCUGUGUUUUGUCACUGGUUCCAGAACAGGGAACCGAGAGCCAACUGAGGGCAGCGCUGUGAGCCUGUCAAUGCCUCACUUUCUCUCAAGAGAGGUAGAAAUUAGCUUUUCAAUACACUGGGUAAGGUAGCUGGGCAGCCCUUUCCAGAGGAAGACACCUCUCUUGUGAACAGCAGGAGAGCUGGAGCGGCUGAAACACGCCUUCACAGAUUCUUGAGCAAUCAAGCUGUUUUCAAGAUGUCGAUGCGAAAACCCUGAGAAGGAAGAGAAUGGACUUCUGCUUCCUGUUCCCCAGGGAGCAGUCGAUUAAGAAUGUAGCAUAACUGUGUUAUCUCAUUCACCAAUUUGUGCCUCUUUCACUUGCUUGUAAUAAAGACUUAUGGGCACACCUGGGUGUACAUUUCUUAUUUACUGAACUUCAGGAUUGCCGUCUCUCUGCACGGUUUGAGUCUUGGGGCUCUCCUAACCCAUAAACUUUGGGUCUGUCCUCUACUGUGUUUCUCUGGAGUUACCUGCCCUCCCUCAGACAGGUAUUUCCAUGAAUUCGUAAUGGGUAGCCCUCCAGAUUUUGUGGACUACAGCUCCCAUCAUCCCUGACCAUUAGCCACACAGCUUGUGGCUGAUGGGAGUUGGAGUUCAACAUCUGGAGGGCACCAUGCUGGCUAACCCUAUAUGAACAUGCAAAAAUGGUUUUUUUCGCAGGGGCCGAUAUGCCUUUCCUUUGCUUCAUUGUUCUUAAUUAUAUGCAAUUAGAUUUUAAUAAUCAGCCGAGAUGUGUGCAUGCACACCCUUCAGCUAGGAUGCAGCUACAAAAGCAAUACACAUUUUAGUUACAAGAGGGUACUGUAUCUGUGUUAGUCUUUAUACCUUGAAUUUUACAAUGAAUCUUCGUGGUAUAUGGACAACUAUGCCUUAAAUACAGAGCAAGACUGUGUGUAAAUAUUCCACUAUCUGAUUUGUCUGACUUGUAUCCUGCAGUUCUAGCCUAGUAUCCAACAAAGUGAGCAAUUGUCUUAUGCCCUUUCCGUAGAAUGAUUUAUUAUCUUAUUCUUAAUGGUGUAACCAGACUCUGUUUCAGACACGACGGUCUUGACCUCUGCUAGUUCUUUACAUUCAUCUAUUUAUUGGCCUGCUUUUCUACCUCUAAGGUGGUUUUAAAAUAACAUUAAAAACAAUUAUACUGUAUAUAUGCUGAGCACAAGAAGCUGGCGUAAA